AGAGGGGGGCGAGAAAACGGUUUGACAGUUCGUCAGGCGUCGAGCAGUCAGCAGAGGGAGAGCUUCCUGCAUAUAGUUUUGUUAUUUGGGUCGCUGGCCUGAUCUCGCCGUGCCGUCGAUUAGAGUGCCAUCAUGACAUCCACCAUAGACGAAAGCAACAAGGAAAAGAUGCGCUCUGUGUCUGUAGAUCUAAACCAUGAUGCCUCUCUUCUCAUUGACAUUCCCGAUGCACUCUGUGAAAGGGACAAAGUCAAGUUUACUGUCCAUACAAAGACCACACUUAGCUCUUUCCAGAAGCCAGACUUCUCUGUUCCCAGGCAGCAUGAAGACUUCAUCUGGUUACAUGACACUCUGGUUGAGACAGAGGACUAUGCCGGCCUAAUUAUUCCUCCAGUUCCCCCAAAGCCUGACUUUGAGAGCCCAAGAGAGAAGAUGCACAAACUGGGGGAAGGUGAAGCCACUAUGACCAAGGAGGAGUACACUAAAAUGAAGCAGGAGUUGGAGGCUGAGUACCUGGCUGUGUUCAAGAAAACUGUCCAAGUGCACGAAGUCUUCCUGCAGAGAUUGUCCUCUCACCCCAUUUUAAGCAAAGACAGAAACUUCCAGAUUUUCUUAGAGUAUGACCAGGAUCUCACGGUGAGAAGAAAGAAUGCCAAGGAAAUGUUUGGAGGAUUCUUUAAAAAUAUGGUGAAGUCGGCUGAUGAGGUCCUUAUCUCAGGAAUAAAGGAAGUGGAUGAUUUUUUUGAGCAGGAGAAAACAUUCCUGCUUGACUACUACAGCAAGAUAAAAGAUUCCACUGCCAAAGCAGAGAAAAUGACACGCUCGCACAAAAAUAUUGCGGAUGAUUACAUCCACAUCUCGGCCACUUUGAACACUCUCUCUGCUGAUGAUAGCACAGCAAAUAAAAAGCACCUGGAGAAGUUGUCAGACCUGUUUGAGAAGCUCAGAAAAGUCGAGGGAAGAGUUGCAUCUGACCAGGAGCUGAAACUCACAGAGCUGCUCAGAUAUUACAUGAGAGACAUCCAGGCUGCCAAGGACCUUCUGUACAGGCGAGCUCGAGCCUUAGUUGACUACGAGAACUCUAACAAGGCUUUGGAUAAGGCUCGACUGAAGAGCAGGGACAUUCCCCAGGCAGAGGAGCACCAGAAGCAGUGCUUGCAGAAAUUUGACAAGCUCUCAGAGUCUGGCAAGAAAGAACUCACCAGUUUCAAGGGCAGGCGAGUUGUGGCCUUCAGGAAGAACCUCAUAGAGAUGGCCGAGCUAGAGAUUAAACAUGCCAAGAACAACGUGACUCUAUUGCAGGGAUGCAUUGACCUGCUCAAGAGCAUCUGACAAGUAUUCAAGUAUUCCUGUCCUACCAUCAGUGAGCAGUCAUAGCAAAUGGAAACCUGGCGUCCCCGGGGCCUUGCAUGGACACGUAUCCAAGCCCUAUCUUUGCUCCCACCCAUGGGUCUGAUGCCACUUUAAAACCCCUGCACGAGACAAGUGUCUUGUAAGCAGAAUGUCUUCAUGUUUACAGAGUCCCUGUCCAUGGUCCAUCCUUUUCCAUUAUUUAUGGGAGUCUAACUCGAUGUGAAUGCCUCUGGAGAAUGAGGCUGCCAACAUUAAGGUCUUCCAUUCCUUUUGCAGCACCAAUAGAGGUGAAUCUUUCUUUCCUAAUUUCUUGUUUUCUAAUUUUCACAUUCUGCACUUAUGCCUUUUUCAUCAUAUUUUGCCUCCAUACAUUUUGAUUCAAAGCUCUUCUCUUGUGUACACUUUUAAAUACUUUUUUCUUUUCGGGCUUAGAGCAUAUUUCUUUGCAUCGCCAUAACCUACGUUUUAUGCUCAAUCUUUUGGGGUUUUUUGGUUUGGUAAUGUAACAGUUUUCCAGAAGCAAAACUAGUGCAUGGGGGUGAAAAACAUCCUCAUGAUCUGCAUUCUUGGGUUUUGAGAUUAGAGUACUACUAAACCAACCAGCUGCACUUCACCUCAGGAAUGGACAGUUGGAUCAGUCCUCACAUUCUUGUUUGUAAGAAGUGGCCUCAGAUACCACCGUUAUCAAAGAUGCUAUUGAUGAAUCAGAAGAUUUCAGCUACAGAUUGGUGAGAAAAAUAAGUCAAAGUAGGCGUUUUUAUUAAAGCAAAAGCAACCUUACUUAUGACUGAAUCUGCAUUUAGCUUUUUUUUGCACAAUGCAUGCGUAUUACCCCUCCACUACAUGUAUCAUGUCCUCAGCAUCUGCACCCCAACCAACUCUGGCCAUUAAUCUUCUGUGUGUAAUUAUUGUUGUUUUUCUUCAUUUUGCUCUAAAUUCCCCAUUGUUAUUGAUUGGGUAUCAUGUAUCAGGCCUGAUACAUUUACCAUAUCCUCUACACAUUUUGUUUAUUUAAAGAAUUUAGCGAAAUAUGCAGUAAGAAAAACAAACAAAAACAAACCCUCUACAAUCAUGACCAUGCUCAGUGGAGUGUUAAAAUGCAUUAUAGUUUUUUAAGAAAUUGAAUGUAUUUCUAAUGGAUUCCAACUGAAUUCCUUGUUGUGUUUUCUUACAGAACAUUAGCCUUUUUUAUGAAUUUGUAACAAUGGCAUUGAAUAAAUCCUACUUUCCCAAGAUU